AUUUCUGGAACCCAAGGGAUAGCUUGAGAUCUCUACGUCUCCAUUAAUGGCGUCCGUACAAGAAACUGGCCUCGACGGCUACACCAAAGAUGGAACCGUCGAUCUCCAUGCUAAUCCCGUCCUCCGCUCCAAGACCGGCUGUUGGAAAGCUUGCUCCUUCAUCGUUGUAUAUGAAGUAUUCGAACGGAUGGCGUAUCAUGGAAUAUCGACAAAUCUAAUAUUAUACUUGACAAGGAAGCUGCAUCAAGGCACCGUAGCAUCGGCUAAUAAUGUCACCAAUUGGUCUGGAACUGUUUGGAUAAUGCCCAUCUUGGGAGCUUACAUUGCGGACGCUCAUCUCGGUCGGUAUCGGACCUUUAUGAUCGCCUCGACCAUAUGUCUAAUGGCGAUGGGACUUCUAACUUUAGCAGUGUCAAUACCGAGUUUAAAACCGCCACCAUGUUUAGAAGUCAACAAAGGAAACUGCAAGCAAGCCUCGAAACUCCAGCUUGCGGUUUUCUUCGGUGCACUCUACAUUCUAGCUCUUGGCACCGGCGGGACAAAGCCGAACAUCUCGACGAUCGGAGCCGACCAAUUCGACGAUUUCCAUCCAAAAGAGAAGGCACAAAAGCUGUCCUUCUUCAACUGGUGGAUGUUCAGUAUCUUCUUUGGCAGUCUAUUUGCCACCACCGGUGUGGUUUACAUUCAGGACAAUGUGGGGUGGAGCUUGGGCUAUGGCCUACCCACUAUUGGCCUUGCUGUUUCCAUUCUCAUAUUUGUGGCUGGCACUCCCUUUUACAGACACAGGCUCCCCAGAGGCAGCCCCUUCACUAGAAUGGCUAAUGUCAUUGUUGCUGCUGCUAGGAAUUGGAGGCUUCCUCUUCCUAAUGACCCAAAAGAACUUCAUGAGCUUGAUUUUGAAAAGUACUCCGUGGAACGAGCUUUUCGGAUCGACUCCACUUCAUCGUUGAGGUUCCUGAACAAGGCUGCUAUAAGAACAGGUUCAACUGAACCAUGGAAGCUAUGUUCAGUGACCCAAGUGGAAGAGACAAAGCAGAUACUGAAAAUGAUCCCAAUUCUUGUCUGCACGUUCAUUCCAAGCACUAUGUUGGCUCAAACGCACACCCUUUUCAUCAAGCAAGGCACCACUCUUGACAGAAGCGUAGGUAGCCACUUCCAAAUCCCUCCUGCCAGUUUAUCUGCCUUUGUCACCAUCUCCAUGCUCCUCAGUGUUGUCAUCUACGACAGGUUUGCUCAAGUUUAUUACCUUAAACUUUUGGUUAAAAGGUUUUUGUUUAAUCCAUCGGAUCCCAUAUUG